AUGGCGGAGUUACAAGGUCGCAAGGUUUUUAAGGUUUUUAACCAAGACUUUAUCGUGAAUGAACAGUACAAUGUGACCAAGGAGCUGGGUCAGGGCGCAUACGGCAUUGUUUGCGCUGCGAACAACAUCCAAACUGGCGAGGGCGUCGCCGUGAAGAAGGUCACCAAUGUGUUCAGCAAAAAGAUCCUCGCCAAGCGAGCCCUGAGAGAGAUCAAGCUGCUUCAACAUUUCCGCGGUCACCGCAACAUUACGUGCCUGUAUGACAUGGACAUCCCCCGACCGGAAAACUUCAACGAGACCUAUCUUUAUGAGGAGCUGAUGGAAUGUGAUCUGGCUGCUAUCAUCCGGUCCGGUCAGCCAUUGACCGAUGCCCACUUCCAGUCCUUCAUCUACCAGAUCCUCUGCGGCCUCAAGUACAUCCACUCGGCCAACGUGCUGCAUCGGGACCUGAAGCCCGGCAACCUGUUGGUGAAUGCGGACUGCGAGCUCAAGAUCUGUGAUUUUGGACUGGCCCGUGGGUUCUCAAUCGACCCGGAAGAGAACGCUGGGUACAUGACCGAGUACGUUGCGACAAGAUGGUACCGGGCGCCUGAGAUCAUGUUGAGCUUCCAGAGCUAUACCAAGGCCAUUGAUGUGUGGUCCGUGGGUUGCAUUCUGGCCGAGCUCCUGGGUGGACGGCCGUUCUUCAAGGGUCGCGACUACGUGGACCAGUUGAACCAGAUUCUGCACUACCUGGGUACACCGAACGAGGAGACGCUCGCCCGGAUCGGGUCGCCGCGCGCGCAGGAGUACGUACGCAACCUGCCGUUCAUGCCCAAGGUGCCCUUCCAGCGGCUGUUCCCCAACGCCAACCCUGAUGCGCUGGAUCUGCUGGACCGCAUGCUGGCGUUCGACCCGACGUCGCGGAUCUCAGUCGAGGAGGCCCUCGAGCAUCCUUACCUGCAAAUCUGGCACGACGCCUCCGACGAGCCCACCUGCCCGUCGACGUUCGAUUUCCACUUCGAGAUCGUCGAAGACGUCCAGGAGAUGCGCCGCAUGAUCCUCGACGAGGUCAUCCGCUUCCGCGCCGUCGUUCGCCAGCAGUCCCAGGCUCACGCUGCCCAGCAACAGCAGAUGGCUCAGCAGACCAACGUCCCCAUCCCCGAUAACCAACAAUCUGCCUGGCGCACCGAGGAACCCAAGCCCCAGGAGGCUGCGGCCGCCAUCGCCCACCACAAUGACCUGGAGUCCUCACUGCAGCGCGGCAUGGAUGUGCAUCAUUGA